GGGAUCCUCAGCACCGGGCAGCUCCGGGAUUUGCUUCAAGAUGAACCGAAGCUGGACCGGAUCGUACGGCUCAGCAGGAAGUUCCAGGGUCUACAGCUGGAGCGAGAGGCAUGCUUGGCCUCUAACUAUGCACUGGCCAAGGAGAAUCUAGCCUUGCGGCCCCGCCUGGAGAUGGGCCGAACUGCCCUGGCCAUCAAGUACCAAGAGCUUCGAGAGGUGGCAGAGAACUGUGCUGACAAGCUGCAGAGACUAGAAGAGAGCAUGCAUCGCUGGAGCCCCCAUUGUGCCCUGGGCUGGCUGCAGGCUGAGCUGGAAGAGGCUGAGCAGGAGGCUGAGGUGCAGAUGGAACGGCUGUUGCUGGGCGAGCAGAGCCUGGAGGUCUUCCUCCCAGCCUUCCAGCGGGGCCGCGCCCUGGCUCACCUGAGACGCACCCAGGCGGAGAAGUUACAGGAGCUGCUGCGGCGUCGGGAGCGCUCUGCCCAGCCGGCUCCCCCUACUGCUGCUGCUGCUGCCAACGACGCCCCCAAACCCUUUCCUGCUGCAGCCGUCCUGCCCACUGGGGCCUCCCGGGGGCCACCUCCAUCCGUACCCCGGAGCCUGCCCCCCUUGGACUCCCGCCCAGUGCCCCCACUGAAGGGCUCCCCCGGGUGCCCCCUUGGCCCAGCCCCUCUGCUGAGCCCUAGGCCCUCUCAGCCUGAACCCCCACAUCGGUAGGAGUCAGGGUGUGGCCCCCCAGCGGGGGUCCAGACAAACUUGAUCGGUGGCUCCUCCCCCCCCCCCCCUGUCUGGGGGGGGG